GCGGAGAGGAGCUUGACGCGCAGCGGGAGCCACUGGACACACUGUGCGCUUUCACUGCGGGAAACCCACCAGAGAAAAUUACCCAUUUAAUCUAAAGGCACCAGGGCAGUUCGCAGAAAACUCUGCUGGAAUAUCGAUCGGGAACCUUGGAGCAGAGCGUCACUCCAACACCGCCGUCUGGACAAACCAGCUCGGAUUCAGAACUACGCUGCAAGGCCCCCUCGACAGCCCAGUGUGUGGAUGUGUGUGAGGGUAUGAAUAUGAGUGCCUGCCUCUAAGUGUGUGUUUUUUGACUGCUCUGUGCCUCUGAGUGCUGCUCGUGUUAGGAUGAGGGCCAUCGCUCUGCUGUGUUUCCUGUUGGUUGUUGGGGUCGGAGCCUCUCGGUUCGUCCGAGACUCCCAGGGCAGCCCUGAAGUUUCGGAACCCGCCAAGAACAACGCCACCGUCCCUCUCCAGCCCCUGCAGCCAUCCCGACCACGGGGCUCCUUCCCCCCCAUGUGCAUAAAGCAAACAGAGAUCAAGUAUGCCUUCAAGUACGUGAACACCAUCGUGUCAUGCCUGAUCUUCGUGGUGGGGAUCAUCGGUAACUCCACGCUGCUCAGGAUCAUAUACAAGAACAAGUGUAUGAGGAACGGACCCAACGUCCUGAUUGGCAGCCUGGCCCUGGGGGACCUGCUUUAUAUCAUCAUCGCCAUCCCCAUCAAUGUGUUCAAGCUGAUAGCUGAGGACUGGCCAUUCGGCGUGUACGUCUGUAAGCUGAUGCCUUUCAUACAGAAAGCUUCAGUGGGAAUCACCGUCCUCAGUCUCUGUGCCCUCAGUGUUGACCGCUACCAUGCCGUGACAUCAUGGAGCAGGGUGAAGGGGAUGGGGAUCCCUCUGUGGAAAGCCGUGGAGGUGACUCUGAUCUGGGCGAUUGCUGUGCUGCUCGCAGUCCCCGAGGCGCUGGCGUUCGACAUGAUGGAGAUGCCAUACAGAGGCAACAAGCUACGCGUGUGUCUGCUGCAUCCAGAGCAGACCACCAGCUUCAUGAAGUUCUACCAAGAUGUGAAAGACUGGUGGCUGUUUGGCUUCUAUUUCUGCUUCCCGCUGGCCUGCACAGGAAUCUUCUACACGCUCAUGUCCUGUGAGAUGCUUAGCCGCAAAAAAGGCAUGCGCAUCGCACUCAACGACCACAUGAAACAGCGGAGGGAAGUGGCGAAGACGGUGUUCUGCCUGGUGUUGAUUUUUGCUCUCUGCUGGCUGCCCCUUCAUCUCAGCCGUAUUCUGAAGAAAACAAUCUACGACCAGAAUGACCCCAACCGCUGUGAACUGCUCAGCUUCCUGUUAGUGAUGGAUUACAUCGGCAUCAACAUGGCCUCAUUAAACUCCUGCAUAAACCCAAUUGCCCUCUACUUUGUCAGCCAGAAGUUUAAAAACUGCUUCCAGUCUUGCCUGUGCUGCUGGUGCUACAGAACAUCUCCCCUGGAUGAGCGAGGUUCAGGGGGACGCUGGAAGGGCUCUUGUCAUGGGAACGGACUCGACCGCUCCAGCUCCCGCUCCAGCCAGAAAUACACCAGCUCUUCAUAAACACUUCAUAAACACACGCGCCAAACCCAUGUUCCUACCAUGGAGACACAGUGCCGCCACUGCCGACAGACCUAGGAAAAGGAGGUAGACAAUGGAGGUAGAAGACUCUGAAAAGGAUUGACCCGACAGGACUGUACCUGUUCAGGCUGUAUUACUAACUACAAAAAGCUUUGAUCAAAGGCGACAUAAAUCCGUCUAUACUCCGACACUGAGGCCUUAAGCGGACCGACAUGGAAUACAUUUAUAAAGAAUGUUUAUUAACCACGUGUAAAAUGUAUGUACAGGUUUUAUUAACGUGCAGAUCGCAGACUUGUGAUAAUAUCUAGCCUGAGUGCUUAAUAUGAGUAGCACUGACUGAAGCUUUAAUACCUCGGGGGGGGGGAGGGGGAACGCUGUGGCCCAGAGCUAUUUUCAAAAAGCCUCUGCAUAUGAACCCCAAUCAGUAGCUCAUUAUCUGACAAUGUGGCACACGUUGACACUGAGCUUCCUCAACGGCCAUGUGUCCCGGUGACAUACCUGAGUCGAAAGAGGCCCCUCAGUCACAUGGAGUCAAACAGCGGACAUCUUUUUCCUGGAAAUCGUCACUGCUUCAAGCCAUGUGGAGGGCAGCUGUUGACGCAGACAACGGAGACAAACACCAGCUGAUACUCAUCAUGUUCUGCGGGAAAAGGGCAUCAUUAGGUCUGCCGAUACUGCAGUAUUGAUGGCGUUGUACGUGGUCUCCAUGUCCACUGUGUAUAAAGUCUUAACCUGUAUCUUACAAUGUAGCCUCUAUUUUUCUAAGAAAACACAAAACAUCUGUAGCUUGUUUAAUCUUCUAACAUGAGGUGUUCAUUUGUUACUUUCUGAAUAUUUUACCUCUGUCAGUGAGUGGUCAUGUUACAUGAGGGUCCCUGUGGCUGGAAAUGAUUCUGACAAUUACGACUGAGAGCUGCUUGAGGAACACGUUUUCUUGAAAUUGAACCAUUGAAAAGCCUUUUCAGAAGGAAAAAUAAAUCCUGCACAGCUGGAUGUUCUAAAGAAGUGAAUGUUUUUAGUGGACAAUACUUUUCUUUCUUUUUUUAAAGUAAUGGUGUUAGAAAUCAUUUAGUUAUAUAAGCUGUUUAUAUAUAUUCCAGGUAAAAAAAACAAAAAAAAAACAAAAACAAAAACAGGAAAUCUAGCUGAUUUCAUGUGUUUGACUAUUCGUGAAGGAGAGGGAGAGUAUGUGUGGUGCAACAAGAAAAGAGAAGCGUGUUGUUAUUCUAUGUUAUUUUCAGAGUUAGGAUGUCUGUAGCUAGAGCGAACUGCAGUACUCGAUAGUCACAUGCUUGAAAUGUAUCUUGUGACGCCAAAACAACAAGGACAAAAAAGCUCUUCCAGCUCUUUAAACAGUCAGAGAUGAGGUGAAAGUGCCCGGCUCCAGCCCUGAAGCUGCGUCAGAGAGAAUACAUGGAUUGUGUGUUCAUUUGGGGGAAAAAAAAUAUUAUAAGCAGCUUUUAAAGCUAGAUGAAUCAAAGGUUUGAACACUGGCAGUACUGAGAGCCCAUACUGAAGAGACGCACAAGAUGGAUCCACUUUUAUCUGGUGCUUUUUUGGCUCUCAGCACAUCGUGACUGAGAUGUGGUGUUGUGAGCGAAAGUGUCCUUUCAGAACCAAAAUUUGUGCUGAGAAACCAGACAAGGUGUUUUUUUUUUUUACACUGAAAAAUUCUUUAAAAACAGACUUGAUGCAUGUAAUAAAAUGUAGAAAGGUUGAGACAAUUUAUCUCUCUUGCAAGGGUGCACAAAUCAGCUGAUUAGCAGUGUGUGGCUCGUUAACUCAUCACAUCUGUUUGUGCCGUCUUCGCUGUGCUUUCAUCCAAAAUAGCGACCGUGGGCUGGAAGGUCUGAGCAGCUCUGAGAAAAAGCAAAGAUUAAAAUGUAAUGUGAAUAUAAGCCCUGGUGUUUUUAAUUGACAUUUAUACCAUACUUAUUUGUUGAGGUUAUGCAAUAAUAAAUAUUAUUUUAUAGCGUA